GUUCCGGUCCGCGGAAUUGGGCUGAGGUCGCUAUGGAGGAACCGGAGAUGCAGCUCAAGGGGAAGAAAGGAUUGCUGUGGAUUUCAAGGACCUGGUACUGGAAGAACGCCUGGGGUGUGGCAAUCAUGCGUAUUGUGGCCUUGUUUAUGUUUACGCUUUGGGUCACAGACAAGUUCACCGAGAGCGUCUAUGUCCUGGCCAAUGAGCCUUCUGUGGCCCUGUACCGGCUGCAGGAGCAUGUGCGCCGCUCUCUGCCUGAGCUGGCCCAGCAUAAGGCCGACAUGCAGCGGUGGGAGGAGCAGAGCCAAGGAGCCAUUUACACGGUGGAAUACGCCUGCAGCGCCGUGAAGAACCUCGUCGACAGCAGCGUCUACUUCCGCAGCGUGGAGGGUCUCCUCAAACAGGCCAUCAGCAUCCGGGACCACAUGCACGCUGCAGCCCAGGGCCACAGCCCCGAAGAGCCACCCCCACCCUCCUCUGCCUGAUCCCGGAAGAGACCUGCAGGUGCUUUGGUUCCUCCGAGCCAGCCCAACUGAAGCUGCCCUUGGACACAACCUGCGGCACCUUGCAGGGACUGAAGAUUGAGCAAGUGUGGCCCGUGGGUUCAUUCUGCUCCUACCCAGAGCAUCUGGGCCCUGCCAUGAAUGUCCCAAGACAAGGCUUUGCUGUCCCUGGACUACUGAUCACCCCCACAGGCCAAGGACACAGUUACAGUCACAGCUCCUUAGACCAAAGACUGCCAGCAUGUUAAUCCUGAUUAAUCACCCACCGUGUGCCUAGCACUGCUGGGGGCUUCGCAAGGGUCAUCUUUUUAUCCUUAGCCUGUAAAGCAGGUGUCAUCCCCAAAUACAAAUGGGGAAAAGUUCAAAAGGUGGUAUGACUUGUGCAAGGUCACACAGCAGACCCUGGUUUGGUCCCAGCCCUGCCUCUGACAUGCUCUGUGACAUGGGCCUGGAGCUGACCUUCUCUGGGCCUCUCCCUUUCUCCAUCUGGAUAAGAAAGGCUGGAGUGGACCCUCUCUACAGGCUGAGGGGGAUAUCUGUGUACAUGCCUGUGUAGCCUGCAUUCUGCUUUAAGCAGAAAUGCCCACCUCAGGCUCAGGCUCAGGCCAUUUGGAGGAGCCACCUUCAGUACGAGGGGUAGAAGUGGGAUCCUGGCCUGGCCAAUCAGAGACCUCAUCUCCCAGGUCACAGCGAUUGGUUCGAGGUAACCAUGUGACCCAAAGAGAGGUCUUACCCAGGGAUUUUGCUGUAAGCGUGGGAAAGGUACUUGUCUUCCCACCAGGGUUGUUGAGCUGGAUAGGUAGAGAGACCUGAGAACAUUGUGUGGGACCCUGGAUCCAGCUGUACCUGACACUAGAAAAUUUCGAUUCUUCGGUUU